AUGUCAACUGUGUCCAAAGAUGACAACUUGGUGCUGUCUUCGGAGGACUCUUCUUGCCCAGAAGAGUCUGAGCUUGAAUUGGGCCUUGGGUUGAGCAUCUCUGGCCCUUGUAAGUCUCACCACCAUGUCCAUGCUCAUGCUCCUUCUCCUUAUGCCAGGAUUUUCACUGCUAAGGAUUUUCCUUCUUCAGCAUCAUCCUCGCCUUCCUCUUCUUCCUCUUCAUCUCCCAACAUGACUACUGGCACCAAGAGAACUGCUGAUUCUCUUGUUGCCAAUAAUCGUCCCAGUCAAGUAGUUGGAUGGCCUCCACUUCGAACAUAUAGAGUGAAUAGCUACAACAGCCAUGCAAAAUUAACUGAAGUAUUCGACUCUGUGACUGAGAAGAGCAAGGGCAAUAAUACUGUGUCAAGGAAGAGUGCUGACAAUGGCAAUGAUAAUAACAUUAAUGCCAAAGAGAAAAGACACCUCAGGAGUUCCCUGUUCGUCAAGGUAAAUAUGGAUGGGAUACCUAUUGGCAGGAAGAUUGAUUUGAGCGCUCAUAGCUCAUAUGAAACCUUAGCGCAAACAUUGGAGGAUAUGUUUAAUGAAUCAACUACUGUCACCAUUUGCAGAGGAUCAAAUGGUGAGGAUCAUGGAAUUAUUAUUGGAAGAGAAAGGCACUCAAAAUUGUUGGAUGGAUCUUCCAAGUUUGUGCUCACUUACGAAGACAAGGAAGGAGAUUGGAUGCUUGUUGGAGAUGUUCCUUGGGGGAUGUUCCUCAGCUCGGUGAGGAGGCUAAGAAUAAUGAGGACAUCUGAGGCUAAUGGACUUGCACCAAGAUUGGAAGAAAACAUCAGGCAGAAAUGCAAGCCCAUGUAG